AGAAACUGUCAGAAGCUCUGUGGCACCCAUGGAGCAGCCGCUGCUGUUAGCAGCUGCGGACGGGCCGGGAGGGAGCAUACGGCUCUCCCCCCGGGGUCUGGAGGCUCUGCGGGCCCUGCCCGCUCCCCUGCACGUGGUGGCGGCGCUGGGGCCGCCCGACGGGGGCUCCGUGUUCCUCAUGGAGCAGCUGUCGGGAUCGGGCUGCGGCUUCCCCGGCAGCCCCGGGCUGUGGAUGUGGAGAUGCCCGCACCCCGAGUGGCCCGACCGUGAACUGCUGCUGCUGCACGCCGGAGGAUUCCUCGGGGGAGAGGAACCGGAGGAUGGCGCCGGGCUGCGGCUCUUCAUGCUGCAGCUGCUGCUGGGCAGCGUGCUGGUUUAUGGCAGUGGUGACGGCAAUGGUGACGCACAGGAACAGCUCGAGCUCCUCACCUACGCCCAGAAGUUGCCACACCAUCUGCGCCUGCUGGAGGAGGAGGAGGAUGAAGAAGAUGAAGACCAUCUGCUGCGCUUCGUGCUGCCACCCUUCGUCUGGAGCCUGUGCAGCACAGCCCAGGCACCCAAGGAUGAGGAGUUGUUGGGGGAUGAGGACCACAAGCUGGAGCCAGCCCUGCGCAGCCCCCCAGGCCCUGUGGCACGCUGUGUCCUGACACUGUUCCCUGAGCAGAAGCUGUUCUGUGUGUCCGAAAGCAGUGCCGAGGGCCUGACCCAGCUCUGCACCCACCUGCUGGGCUGUGAUCCCAAAACAGAGCCUGGAGGGGCAGAAGUGGGCGGUGCCUACCUGGCAGCGCUGGCAGAGCGAGUGGUGGAUGCAAUGCAAGAGGAUGCAGUGCUGCGGAUUGGGCGGCUCUGCCAGGAGGCCAAGGAGAUGGCACAGCAGGAGACUGGUGACAACUGGCCCACAGCCACCAACUUUUGGCAAGAUGACACUUUCCUGAGGAACACUGACAACAGUGACACCAUCCCACAACAGGAUGACAUCCCCCAGGCCAGCACCUCUCCACGACAUGAUGACACCGAUGGUGACACCACCCAACAGCAGGAGGAUGCGGCCUGGGUGGAAGCACCAUCCCCCCACCCACUGUCCCCGAUGCCAGCCCCACUUUGCCUAGUGUACAACGGUGACAGUAACAAACUGUCACUCAACCCCAGCGCACUGGCAGUGCUACGUGGUAUCACCCAGCCCGUGGUGGUUGUGGCCAUUGCUGGGCCCUACCGCACUGGCAAGUCUUUCUUGAUGAACCGGCUGGCACAGCGGCGUACUGGUUUCCCGUUGGGCCCCACAGUGCGGGCGGAGACCAAGGGCAUCUGGAUGUGGUGCCUGCCGCACCCACGCCAGCAUGGUGUGGCACUGGUGCUGCUGGAUACCGAGGGGCUGGGAGAUCCCCACAAGGGUGACAACAGCAAUGACGCCUGGAUCUUCUCACUGGCAGUGCUGUUGUCCAGCACCCUGGUGUACAACAGCAUGGGCACUAUCAACCAGCAGGCGCUGGAUCAGCUGCGGCUGGUGACAGAGCUGACGAAUCACAUACGCGUGAGGGUGGAGAAUGAAGAUCCAGCAACUGAGUUCAGCCGCGUCUUCCCCAGCUUCGUCUGGGCCGUGCGUGACUUCACACUGCAGCUGCGGGAGGGCGAGCGUGUGAUGACUGAGGAUGAGUACCUGAAGGAUGCACUGCUCUUAAAGUCCGGGAAUGGGCGCGUGGUGCAGGAGCACAAUGAGUUGCGGCGCUGCCUGUGCGCCUUCUUCAUAAACCGCAAGCUGUUUGUGCUGGAGAGACCGACGGAUGAUGCAAACCUGGCACGACUGGAGGAGAUACGGGAGGAUGAACUGCAGCCACGCUUCCGGCAACAGGCAGCUGCCUUCUGCCAGCACAUCUGGGAGAAGGCGCCGGUGAAGGAGUUGCCAGGCGGGCGCCGGGUGAUGGGCACCAUGCUGGCUUCCCUGGUGGAGAAAUAUGUGGCUACCAUUGUGAAAGGUAAAGUGCCUUGUGUGGAGAGCGCAGUGACAGCACUGGCAAGGACCGAGAACACCGCGGCAGUGGCAGCAGCAGUGGCUGAGUAUCAGAAGGGCAUGGAGCAGGACCUGGUGCUGCCCACGGACUCGCGUGCCACUUUGGUGGAUGUGCACCGGCGCUGGGAGCGCCGUGCUGUCACCCUCUUCCUGUCCCGUGCCUUUGCUGACAAUGAGCGCACCUACCAAUGUCAGCUGAUGCGAGAGCUGGAGGCGGCCAAGGAGGAGUUCUGCUGGCGCAAUGAGGAGGCAUCGGAGCAGCGUUGUCGGGCGGUGCUGCGGGAGCUGUGGCAGGACGUGGAGCACCGUCUGCAGUGUGGGGACUAUACAGCACCAGGCGGAGCACAGCUGUUCCAGGAUGAUCUGUGCCACGUCCUGGAUAAGUACCAGUGGUGGCCUGAGAAGGGUGUUAAGGCGGAUGCAGUGCUGGACGUGUUCCUGCAAGAUCGUGAGCCACUGGCACAGGCGCUGCAUGCGGCCGAUGCACGCAUGAUGAUGAUGGAGUGGCAGAAGGAGGCAGCAGCAGCCAAGGAAGCAGCAGCCAGGGAGGCAGAGGCAGAGUGCCUGAAGGAGCAGCAACGCAGCCUGGAGGAGCACUGCAGGCAGCUGCAGCAGCAACUGCUGGAGGAGCAGCGCCUGCGGCUGAAGGAGCAAAACCGCCUGCUGGAGUGCUACCUGAAGGAACAUCAGGUACUGAUGGAGGAGGGUUACAAGCAUGAUGCAGAGAAAAUGCAGCUGCAGAUCAAGAGGCUGAGGGAGGAGAAGCAGAGCACUGAAAACCACACAUGGAUCAUCUCGGCUGUAGACCUCCUGGUCAGCGUGGCUUCGCUCUUCCUGCCCGGCGUGGUCAGCAAGGCAGCGGACAUUGUAGGCAAGCUGAUGAAGCGCAUGCUGUAACCCAGUCACCUGUCUCUGUGACCUGGCUUCAGCUGAGAUGGCGUUGAAUUUUCCUUCAUUGUGUUUAUGCUGUGUUUGGGCUUUAGGAGAAAAACAGUACUGAUAAUGGACUGAUGUUUUAGCUAUUGCUGAGCAGUGUUAUACAGAGCCAAGGACAUUUCAGUUUCUCAGUUUCUCCUACUGCCCUGCCAGUGAGGAGGGCUGUGGGGGAUGCAAGGAGUUGGGAGGGGACAGAACUGAGAUACCUAACCUGAACUGGCCAAAGGAAUAUUCAGUAUGAUAUGACCCUGAUAAUUGCUAAUUAUUAUGGCAUUUUUUUUGCACAGAUAUUUCAGUGUUUUCUUGGAACUAUAUCAUUUAGCACUUGAUAUUUAUGUGUCAGUCGAGUUGUUUACCAUCUCCAGGAAUUGCAUUGAAGUUGUCAUUUUGCUGUGCUUUGUGAUUUUGGCUUUCAGUAUGAUAAAACUGCUGACUGGGAACUAAUCUGGUGUUUGUGCUCAACGCUGUAGUGAUCUUUGUACUUUAGGACCUGUAUCUUGGAUGCUAUGAGUAAUUACGCUUUGCUCUGUCUCCUUGUGGCACCAGGCUACAGAGGGAAUAAGGGAGGACACUUUCCACCCACUGACCAAAGGAAUAUUCCAUUCCAUAGGACACUGUACAGAAGGACAGCUUGAAAAAGUGAGAGGGUUUGUCAGGUGGGCUGCUGCUGCUUGGGGACUGGCUGGAAAACAGUCAGGGCGCUGACCCUCAACCCCACGGCACUGCAGGAGGUGCUCCAGCCCCCGGUGAUGGUGGCCGUCAGGAGCCCUAUCACAGUGGCAAAUGAUGAAACACCUGGCCAACCUCAACCAGGGCUCCCUAUCCGUUCUGGGAACCUUCUGGGGCAUUCUGUGGAUUUCUGAUGGCUGGCCCCCAAAAACAGAGCUGCGGGUGCAGGGCAACAGCCACAAUGAUGCCUGGAUCUUCGUGCUGGCAUUGCUGCUCCCCAGCACCUGGUGUACAACAGCCUGGGCAUCACUGAGCAGCUGGGCAGGAGCAGCUGCAGUAUCCUGCAGGGACUGGAAUGGAAGUGGGGGAAUUGUGGUGAAACUGGGAGAUUUAUGGCAAAGAGGGACUUGGGGCAAAGCUGGGGGAUUUGGGAUGAAACAGGAUUUGGGGUGACAGGGAACUUGGGGCAAACUGCAGGAUUCAAAGUAAAGCUAGGAUUUGGGCAACCGAGUAUUUGAAGUGAAGCUGUGGGACUUGGGCCUUGCAGGAGUUGGGAUGCAACGGAGAGAUUUGGGAUAAAACUGAAGGAUUUGGCCAAUGUGAGACUUGGGGUAAAACUGUGGGGUUUGGGUAAUGCAGGAUUUAUGGCAAAGUUGUAGGAUUUAGAGCAACAUGGGACUUGAGUUGAAGCUGUGGGAUCUGAGGUGAAAGGGGGGAUUUGAGGAAAUGCUGAAUUUGGGGUGAAGCUGUGGGAUUUGAGCAAAAUGAGAUUUGGGGGAUCUUGUAUUUAGAGGGAAUGCAGACUUAGUGGGGUAAUAGGGAAUUUAGGGUGAAGAUGUAGGGUUUGGGAGAUGUUGAAUUUGGGGGCAGGAUGCAGAACUGGAUUUGGGGUGAAAGUGUGGGACACAGGAAUCAGGGUGUAAAGGGGGGUACAAGAUACAGAGUACAGCUGGGCACUGUAGGGGGGAUGGGUAUAAGGGGAGGAUGCAGGAUUUGGGGGACGCAGAAUUCAGGGCUCACCCCCAUGUGCUCUGUGGGGGAUGCUGUGGGCUUUGUGGAUCCUUGCAGGGACUGUGCAUUCAUGCUCUUCUUUCCAGCUUCAUGUGGGCAGUAUGAGACUUCAUCCUAGUCCCAAAUGUGGGUGUACCAAUCUCACCCUGGGGUGAGGAUAUAAUGACAAAAGGACAGCAAUGGGUCAUUUUUCAAGCAGGAAGAAUAGGCAAAAACAGUUUGAACCAAUUUCAGCUGUUUCAUCACUGAGGAAGGGUCACCAUGCAGGGUGCUGGAGUCAUGGACACAGAAAAAGAGAACAUCUGUUAAAUCAGAAACCAAAGGGGGGUCCAUGGGAAGGAGUAAAUUCACAUGUUGCAGAUCUGCUAGCUUUGAAUUUAGAUUCUGACUGAUGGGAACUGGGGGUGGCCUCCAAAGAGUCCCCAGCAGAACCUCUGGUCACAAUAAAGUGGGGAAAGAACACAAAUUCAAGACAGAAACCAAUCAGAAGAGACUGAUUAGGUGUCCUUAAAAAAUCCUGUGCCCAAAUAUGGAGAAGGUGAGUAAUGGGACACCUCUCCAAACAAUCACCAAAGACUCUUGUUCAGAUACAGAAGAUUAAAAUACGUAAUUGGUACUUGGAUAAUUUUAUGAAUAUAUAAUAGGUAGGUAUGACUAUAAGGAGAAACC